AUGAAUAAUUUUGAUCCAUUUGAAUCUAUUAAAGCUUUGAAAGAGUUUCAUCAUCGGUCAACAUCUGUUCCUGAUACCAAUAUUUCAUCAUUACUUGCUAACAUCACUGAUUAUGUAGUUUAAUUUUUUAACUAUUAUUCUGAGUAGUUGAUUAAAAAUCCUUUGAACUUAGCUUAGUUAGAAUCAUCUUUAAUUAAUUUCAAGGUGAUAUUUGUAAAUAAGUUGAUAAAUGAACAAAUUUCUAAUUAACAAAGACAUCAAUAUUAAACUUAUAUUAUUGAGAAAGAAUGUAAGUAUUUUAGCUAAAUAAUCAAUUAGAUCUGAAAUAUUAAAAUUCUAUUUUAAUGAGACUGUCAUUAAAUCAGCAUUUUGAAUGA